AUGAGCAAAAAAGAAAUUAAAAAGGAUGGGGAGACGACGGCAGUGCCAGGAAUAAAAGGAAUUAUUGCUACUAUUACCAAAGAACACGGCGAAGGAGUUAUUACUACCUUGGAGGAAAGCAAAGAACACGAAAAAGAAGUUCUCUCAACGGGAAGUGGUUAUGUAAUGGGAAAAAUAAUAGAAAUUUAUGGAUUAGAGUCUAGUGGCAAAAGCACUUUGGCUUUACACGCAGUUGCCGAGUGCCAAAGAUUGGGAAAAGUGGCCGUUUACAUUGAUUUAGAAAACGGAUUGGAUAGACAAUAUGCCGUUAAUCUUGGAGUAAAAGGCGAAGAAUUAGCAAUUGUUUCUCCUCGCGGGGGCGAAGAGGCUUUUGCCAUAAUGAGUGAAUUAAUUGCCCAAGGCGUUGGCUUAAUUGUGGUGGAUUCAGUCUCUAAUUUAAUUCCUCGAUUACGUAGAUUAAAGAGCGAAUUAACGCAUAAAAAAACGAUUAUCAUUUUCAUUAACCAAAUCCGGAACAAAAUUUCCCCUAAUUACUUGCCUGGUAAUCCAACUACUACUACGGGAGGAAUGGCUUUACGCUUUGAUGCUGACUUACGAAUUUAUUUAAAAAAAGGCGACGAAAUUAAAAGAAACAAUGCCGUAGUUGGUGUAGAAAUAGGAGCCAAAAUAGUCAAGAACAAAUUAGCCGCUCCGGGAGCAACAACCAAUUUAGAACUAAUUUUCUCUCAUGGCGUGCAAAAAGAGCGAGAAAUAAUUGAUUUGGCGACCGAAAAAAACUUGUUUGAAAAAAGCGUUAUUAUCGGUGCGGGUCCGGCUGGAUUAACAGCAGCGAUUUAUGCUAAAAGAGCUUUGCUAAAAAUUUUGCUCCUGGAAAAGUCCUUGGCUGGUGGUAAAUUAAACAAAACAGCCGAAAUUGAAAAUUUUCCCGGUUUUAUUUCUAUUCGGGGGCCAGAAUUAGCCGAGAAAUUUAGUCAACAAAGUUUUAUGACUAAAACAGUAAUUAUUGCUUCGGGAACUAUUGAAAAUGAAUUGGGUGUGCCGGGAGAAAAAGAAUUUACUAACCAAGGGGUUUCUUAUUGUGCUAUUUGUGAUGGUGGGGGUUACUCGGCAUUGGAAGCGGCUUUGUAUUUAAGUAAUUUGGCCAGUAAAGUUUAUCUUAUUCAUCGUCGGGACAAUUUUCGCACAGAAAGAGAAAUUGUAGAGCGGGUAGAGAAAAAUCCCAAAAUAAUCCUAAUCACUAAUAGUGUAGUAAAGGAGAUUUGUGGUCAGGAUAAAGUAGAAAAAUUAAUCAUUCAUCGUCUUGAUAAUAACAGGGAAAGAGAGUUACCGGUUGAGGCUGUUUUUCCCCAAAUUGGGCUCUCGCCACUUAGUGGUUUUGCUCACCAAUUAGGAGUUUGUGACCCCCAGUGUUAUAUCAAAAUUAAGGAAGAUUGUUCCACUGAAAUAAUUGGUUUGUUUGCGGCUGGGGACGCGGCUCGUAGCCACCCAGAAAAAAUUAAGCAAAUUGUCACGGCGGCGGCCGAAGGGGCGGUGGCUGCCCAAGCCGUGAUUAAAUAUUUGGAAAAAGAGAAUUCUUAA